AUGACCACUGACAGGAUCGAACUGCCGACCUCCGCAUGGACUAGUAACCAAGGCUGGCUUCUAGGCCUCAAGGACCAGCAGGCCACAGCUGCCGAGUCCAAGAUCUCCGAGCAAGAGGCUGUCAUCAUUGAGCUCAAGGGUGAGCUGGUAGAGCGGGACGGGCGCAUCAAGGAGCUCGAGAAACAAGCCCAGGACUACCACUUCAUCGCCGACUACAACAGGGAGUAUGCGGACAACUAUGGGCAGCGCCUCGUCAACCUCACAUACGAGCUCCAGAAUACGCACCGCAGCAUUUCCGACGCCGUAUCGCUUCAUGGUAUCUCCCUUUCGGACGUCCAGGCCCCUCCGUCGACAGUCUCGCACUACUCCCCUUCUCCGUCGCAGUCGUUGGCCCCGCUCCCGCAAUCUAUAUCCCAGGUCAAGGCCGAGUCACUUCACCACCCUCCCCCUGGCUUGUUCCUCCCCACCCCAGACAAUACGCCAUCCCAGCACGCCAUGUCCGUUUCUCUCCCUGCAGUCUCGACAACUGCCGCUUCGGCGGCCGUUUCCCCCUCCCCCGCUCGGACCCUCGACCCCGGAGUGGAGGUGAACGGGCUGGGUCUCUCAAUGACCCCUGUCCGUGAGCCUCCCCCCGCCAUGCAAGACAUGGCCAGUGUCAAAGCCGCGCAGCAGGCCCGCAUCAUUGCUGCCAACAUGGCCAAGAAUCCGCUGGCGUAUACCCCGUCGCGCUCCACCACCCUUGGACCGGCAUUUGUCCCCACCCCAGCCAAACGCGCCGUCUUGUCCGCCGUGCCGUACAACCUUUCUCCGCACAGCACGCCACGCGCUGGCAAGCGCUCGUUGUCUCACGGCGGCGGCGUCAUGUCCAUGUCAUCGCCAAUGUCGCGCACCGCAUCACUGGCCUCGCCCAUGCCCAUUCGUGAAGUUACGCCUCACUCGUCGCCAUGGCAAGGACACAUGCCUCUCGACCGGACCCAGCUGUAG